AUGACGACUUGUCCCGUUUGCGGGGAGCAGGUCCAGGCGGACCUGUGCAGCUUGCACCUGGACACGGACUGCUCGGGCGGCGGGCGGAAGGAAGAGGUCCGCGACGAGGUGGGCUCGGGAAACGGCGGAGAGGCGGACAGCGGUAAAACCGUGCCCAAGAGGGACACCGGGAGCGAGGCGGCGGGGGGACUGAACGCGCUUGCGGCGGAGCUGACUUGUCCAAUUUGUCUUUGUGUCUUCGAGGAUGCACAUUCCUUACCGUGCAGCCACCGGUUUUGCCUGGAGUGCAUCCUGGGGUGCUUCAAGUCGAGCAAACGGCAGGAGUGCCCGCUAUGCAAGAUCCCUGCAUGGAAGAGAGACUUGACAAGGGACGUCUCUAUCCAGAACAUAAUUGCCGCUUACCGAAGGAUGGCAGCGUAGCAGUAUCUGCCACGCUUUGUUGGAGGAACGAAGAUAUCGUAGCAGUAUCUGCCACGCUGUGUUGGAGGAACGAAGUAGGGAGUGUACAAUAUCCUCUCUCGGGGCAAAGAUGAUUUGAGCCGAGGGUGAGAGCGGCUCGGUUUGACUGGUUA